GUGGCAGAGUCUGCGCUGGCCUGAUGACAGCUCUCCUCCCCUGAAGCUGCAGUUCUAGAUGGGUGUAAGCCACUGGCAUGUGUGCUGGGAACCGGAUUCAGAUCCUUUUGUUCCGGAGUUUCCUCUAAUUGUAACUGCUUUCACUUUCACUGCCUAGUGUCAGAGGCACAUGGACUGCCUUUGCCUCUGCCUAACCAUUUUAAGAAGAAAGAUCCUAGGGGGAAGGGAAUAUCAGAUUAAAACAGCAGGCAGAACAGCCAGAUCUUCAGAAGCCAUGAGCUCGAAGAGCACUUCAUACAGAAGCAUUAACUGGGUUCCUGAGGAGUGAUUUAUCCGUGUGUUGAUCGUGUCCUGAGCCGAAGAUGUUCCCAGAACAGCAGAAAGAGGAGUUCGUGAGUGUCUGGGUCCGAGACCCCAGGAUUCAGAAGGAGGACUUUUGGCAUUCUUACAUCGACUAUGAGAUAUGUAUUCACACGAAUAGCAUGUGUUUUACGAUGAAGACGUCUUGCGUACGAAGAAGGUAUAGAGAGUUCGUGUGGCUGAGGCAGAGACUCCAAAGCAACGCAUUGCUGGUACAAUUACCAGAACUUCCAUCUAAAAACCUAUUUUUCAACAUGAACAAUCGCCAGCAUGUCGACCAGCGCCGCCAGGGCUUGGAAGAUUUCCUCAGAAAAGUCCUGCAGAAUGCACUCUUGCUUUCCGAUAGCAGCCUGCACCUCUUCCUGCAGAGCCAUCUGAACUCCGAGGACAUUGAAGCAUGUGUUUCUGGGCAGACCAAGUACUCGGUAGAAGAGGCAAUUCACAAGUUUGCCUUGAUGAACAGACGGUUCCCCGAAGAAGAAGAGGAAGGCAAGAAAGACACCGACGUGGAGUAUGAUUCAGAAAGUUCAUCCUCUGGGCUUGGACACAGUAGUGAUGACAGCAGCUCUCAUGGAUGUAAAACGAGCCCGGCUCUGCAGGAGUCCUGAGAAGGAACUCUAGGGCUACCACCUUAGGAACGAAAAUUGUGCCCAGCCAGAAAGAACGCUUGCUCAUAAUAGAUUCUUACCUAACGCCACUGUCAGUAUCCUAGGUGGUUAAAUUCUUAGAGUGGUGGGUUAUUAGUAGUAGUAGUUUUAUGUUGUCUAAUUCUAGCCAAGCUUCUGUAUGAAGCUGUAAGGUCUGUGAAUGCCGUACAAACCUUUAUUGCUAGUACUUGUAAAUAUGAUCCUGCUCUCAAGUGAAAUGAGUUAUGUGCUCUAUAUAUUAUACAGUUGGUCUUAACUGCACUUUAAAGAGCUAGGUGUAUUAGUAGCAUUUAAAGCCCAGACAGAGCCUCCUUGCUGUAUCAAUGAGGAAGUUACUGUAACACAGUGUGACUGGAGUCAGAGUACGGAGUCACGGCACAGGAGACUGCUUCUCUGACUCGUGGCUCUUGCUUUGUGGGGACUUCUUCUCUGGAAAAUACUUUGCCUUCAGGUAUUCGAUUGAAAUAUUUAAGAGUAUUUAAGCUUCCCAGCAUAUCGCAUCAUGUGUAAAUGGGAAAAUACGUCUUACAAAUAGAGAUGUACUGAAAAAAAAAAUGUUUACAUCUUAGGAGGGAGAGAAACAGAAGUCUUGGUAACUUUGCUUAAAUUUGCCAUACAUAGAUUUAGAAGUACAUUCUCACUGCCCCAAAUCAGCUUAAAUAAACAAGGCUUCUGGUGACAAGUCAUUUUUUUUUUUUACCAUUGUGCAAUUAGAAUCAUAGCUUAUGAUUUAUUUUCUGACAUUUAAAAUAAAUGUACAUUUUUAAAAAAAGGUCACCAGGUAACUUCCGUCAGGGGUGACUCCUUGCUGUUUCAGUUAGAAGAAGGUUUUUGUAAUAGUUAAUUUUACCCAUAAAUAUUUCAAUAGUCUCGGAGUGGAAGUUGGGUUGCUAAUGUCAGAGCUCAUGUUCAUGAUUUAGAAGCCUCCCUUUUUAAUGUGUCUCCCAGAAGAUUGGCUUAAUUUGAAUAAAAUAGGUUUUGUUUUGUUUUUUGUUUUUUUUUCUCAAAGUGGCCCACAGAUAAGAUAUCGUGGGUCCACCAUGAGCUUCCAGUUUCAGACGAGACGGGGUUUUCCUGGACUAAUUAGCCAAGUGCUCCCCAGAGUCUUCCCAGGUAUCUCUGGGAGCCAGCAGAAGGAAUUUUCACCUAAGUGGGAUAACUUGUUGCUUUCAAUGAAUGACCCCCCCCCCCCACUCUCUCGGGUGCAAAAGCUGCUGCAAAAAGCAGCCAUUUACUUGGGUACUUGAGAGUUACUGUAUUAAUAAAAAGUUAUUGAAUUGUCCUUUGAAAUGCUCGUUACAGAGAACUGGUAAAAAAAGAAACAAACAUUAAAUUUGGAAUAAGAAUGACAUCUUGGGGUUGGGGAUUUAGCUCAGUGGUAGAGCGCUUGCCUAGCAAGUGCAAGGCCCUGGGUUCGGUCCCCAGCUCUGAAAAAAAGAAAAAAAAAAACAAAACUUCUGUAAAUAGUUGGAUUUAGGUCUCAGAGCCUGUUACCCAUGUCCUCUAAUAGUCAUUAUUUUAAUGCGGAAAGAACAUGGCUUAUCAGCUGUAUGUAAAGCUUCAGAGCAGCCCCACUCCUCAGCACUGUAGAUGAAUUCACGGCAUUUAUGUUUCACAGCGUUUUUGGAAAGCAUAGCUUGUGACAUCAGUUAUAUUACUUCUUGAUGACUUCAUGUAACCUUCGAAGUUAACGUGAAGCGAUGCUUCAUCUUUGCUCCGUAAACUCCAGUCACUGUUUUCACAUUAAACAUGAAAAAAAAAAUCAAAA